UCUUUCGGGCAUCGAGUAUCAGUCCGUGAGAAGCAACGAUGAGUGCCAUACCAUCCCUCAAGCAUUUGGCUUCCAAGACCCUCACGCCUAUCGAGACGGCACGAAACCGAGAGGCGGCGCUUGCGACGUAUAGACAUCUGCUGCGCGCAACGGGCAUCGCAUUUCGAGAUGAUGAGAGGACGCUCAAAGCAUCCCGUCAACUCGCGCGUGAAUCAUUCGACAAUAGCCGCAAGUGGGAGUCGGGCGGCGGGCAAGCGGCGCAAGCGAUCGAGCACGCGCAAGGAGUCGCUAAGAUACUGUUAGAGAACGUGGUGCAAGGGCGACAAACAGGCCCAGAUCAGUACAAGUUGGGCAUCCACGACAAGACGCAACGGGCCGACAAUCAGACCGCCACGCAGCUCAAGGGGACGAAGAAAAGCUUCAAGGAGAUCAAGAACGCCCAGUUCUAGCGACAUCCACUCAAGAUGGCCCUCCUCUCGCGCAAUGAAUCGAAGUGCGGUGGCAAUUAAAGCGCGGCAGUCUGACACUGAGCGUUGAGUAUGGGCCAGGUUCACGGCAGUCAAUGAUUUUGGAAUAUGCACGCAGGUGCCAUUUCCGGCCUUGCAUGGCCAGCAGUCGGCGGCCUUCACUACUCCUUCACAGUGCCUAUACUUCAGAACGUCGACUUCCGCUUGGCAAAUAAGAUGCUAUACUGCAUAUACUUCUCACCGCAGCCGAACACCAUUUGCCGCCAGCCACCAUGAGCUUGUCACGUUACUCAAUUCACCCGUGCGACCCCUGGUGGCGACCCCAUUACCAUGGCAGCGGCGGACUCAUGUACGGUGGAGGGCCAUACGACCGUCAACCACCCUUUCUGCGCGUGUACGGCCGUGCCAGGAUGAUUGAAGGCCGCAGCUACGCACAUCGGUACUCGCC